AUGCGUCCCGAAGUCGAGCAAGAGCUCGCCCAUACGCUCCUCGUUGAGCUUUUGGCAUAUCAAUUUGCAUCUCCCGUGAGAUGGAUUGAAACACAAGAUGUGAUUUUGGAUGAAAAGACUACUGAGAGGAUCGUCGAAAUCGGUCCUGCAGAUACUCUUGGUACUAUGGCCAAGCGGACACUCGCCUCAAAAUACGAAGCCUACGAUGCAGCAAAAUCCAUUCAACGUCAAAUUCUAUGCUACAACAAGGAUGCAAAGGAGAUUUAUUAUGAUGUCGACCCCGUGGAUGAUGAGCCCGCGGCCGCUCCAAGUGAUUCUGCUUCAGCACCGGCAACAUCUUCUGGUUCGGCACCUACACCCGUUGCAGCAGCCCCUCUGCCAAGUGCAGGCCCUGCCGCACAAGUCCCAGAUUCCCCAGUCGUAGCCAUAGAUAUUGUGCGAUCUUUGAUAGCCCAAAAACUCAAGAAACCACUUUUGGAUAUUCCAUUGACCAAGGCCAUUAAGGAUCUUGUCGGAGGAAAAUCUACACUUCAAAAUGAAAUAUUAGGAGAUUUGGGCAAAGAAUUCGGAUCAACGCCCGAGAAGCCAGAAGACACCCCUCUAGACGAAUUAGGAGCUUCGAUGCAGCAAACUUUCAAUGGCGUAUUAGGGAAACAAUCAUCAUCCCUUAUUGCGAGAUUGAUAUCCUCAAAAAUGCCUGGUGGUUUCAAUAUUACUGCAGCACGAAAAUAUCUGGAAACACGAUGGGGUCUGGGAUCCGGAAGACAAGAUGGUGCCUUGCUUUUGGCUCUGACCAUGGAGCCAGCAGCACGCUUAGGAUCCGACAAUGAUGCAAAGGCAUUCCUCGACGAUGUUACACAAAAAUAUGCAGCAAAUGCAGGAAUUAGUCUUUUAACGGUAUCUGCCAGUGCUGAUGCAGGUGGUUCAGGUGGUGGAAUGAUGAUGGAUCCCGCUGCCCUUGAUGCUUUGACCAAGGAUCAGAGAGCACUUUUCAAGCAGCAGCUUGAACUUUACGCCAGAUACCUCAAGAUGGAUCUUCGAGCAGGCGACAAGGCGUUCAUUGGUGCACAACAAUCAGAAAAGGCUCUUCAAACGCAACUUGACCUGUGGAAUGUUGAACAUGGAGAAUUUUACGCUGCAGGUAUCGAGCCCGUGUUCACCCAAUUAAAAGCUAGAGUAUACGAUUCGUCAUGGAAUUGGGCGCGACAAGAUGCCUUGACGAUGUACUACGAUAUCAUUUUUGGUCGACUUCAGGCAGUUGAUCGAGAAAUCGUCAGUCAGUGCAUUCGCAUCAUGAACAGAUCCAAUCCUACCCUUCUCGAAUUCAUGCAAUACCAUAUUGACAACUGCCCAACCGAGCGUGGCGAAACUUAUAAGCUUGCAAAAGAACUCGGACAGUCACUCAUUGAUAACUGCAGAGAUGUACUCAACGAGUCACCUGUUUACAAGGAUGUUGCAUUGCCAACUGGACCACACACAACAAUCGAUGCUCGCGGCAACAUGGAUUACGCCGAGAUCCCAAGAUCUAGUGUCCGAAAGCUUGAGCACUAUGUACGAGAAAUGGCUGAUGGAGGAAAGAUUUCGGAAUACGGAAACCGCACCAAGGUCCAGAACGAUCUCAGCCGUAUUUACAAACUUAUCAAGCAGCAACACAAGCUCUCCACAGCAUCUCAACUCCAAAUCAAGAGUCUCUACGGUGACGUUAUUCGCUCUUUAGCAAUGAGUGAAGGACAGAUCAUCCCCAAAGAGAACGGCAAUGGCAAGGCCUCAUCCGGCAAGAAGAACGGAGUUAAGAUGAAUGGUGGCAAGACUAAUGGCCAUGCAAAGGCUGGAAAGGUCGAGACCAUUCCGUUCCUCCACUUGAAGAGAAAGAACGAGCACGGCUGGGAAUACAGCAAGAAGCUUACCGGCCUCUAUCUUGAUGGCUUAGAGCAAGCUGCUAAAUCUGGCGUCACUUUCCAAGGCAAGAAUGCUUUGAUGACUGGUGCCGGAGCUGGUUCGAUUGGUGCCGACGUUUUGCAAGGGUUGAUCAGUGGUGGCGCUAAGGUUGUUGUGACUACCAGUCGAUUCUCCAGACAAGUUACCGAGUAUUAUCAAUCAAUGUAUGCUCGCUACGGAUCCCGAGGUUCUCAACUUAUUGUUGUUCCCUUCAACCAAGGUAGCAAACAAGAUGUUGAGGCCUUGGUUGAUUACAUUUACGAUCCAAAGAAGGGUCUUGGAUGGGACCUCGACUAUGUCAUUCCGUUUGCUGCCAUCCCCGAGAACGGCCGUGAGAUUGAUAGCAUCGACUCAAAAUCCGAGCUUGCCCAUCGUAUAAUGUUGACCAAUCUUCUCCGUCUUUUGGGUUGUGUUAAGACCCAGAAAUUCGAGCGAGGUUUCGAGACCAGACCUGCUCAAGUCGUCUUGCCGCUCUCUCCAAACCACGGUACCUUCGGAAACGAUGGUCUUUACGCCGAAUCCAAACUGGCAUUGGAAACUUUGUUCAACAGAUGGCACUCGGAAAGCUGGGGCAGCUUCCUCACCAUUUGCGGAGCUGUCAUUGGAUGGACUCGUGGUACUGGUCUCAUGUCUGGGAACAACAUUGUCGCAGAAGGCGUCGAGGCUUACGGUGUACGCACAUUCUCUCAGCAAGAAAUGGCUUUCAAUCUGUUAGGUCUUAUGGCUCCUGACAUUGUUGACCUCUGCCAAUCUGAGCCAGUCUUCGCUGAUUUGAACGGCGGUUUACAAUUCAUUCCCAAUCUCAAGGAUAUGAUGACAAAACUCCGAAAAGACAUCAUGGAGACUAGCGAAGUCCGACAAGCUGUCACCAAGGAGACUGCUAUUGAGAACAAGAUUGUCAAUGGUGAAGACAGCGAGGCACUCUACAAGAAGGUCACAAUUGAACCACGUGCAAACAUCAAAUACGACUUCCCACAAUUGCCAGACUGGAAGAAGGACAUUGCUCCACUCAACGAAAAUCUCAAGGGAAUGGUUGACCUCGAAAAGGUUGUUGUAGUCACUGGUUUCGCUGAGGUUGGACCAUGGGGUAACUCUCGCACUAGAUGGGAAAUGGAGGCAUAUGGCCAAUUCUCUUUGGAAGGUUGUGUUGAGAUGGCUUGGAUCAUGGGUCUCAUCAAAAAUCACAAUGGUAACCUCAAAGGUAAAUCAUAUGCAGGAUGGGUUGAUGCCAAGACUGGAGAUCCAGUUGACGAUAAGGAUAUCAAGGGCAAAUAUGAGAAGUACAUUCUCGAACACUCUGGUAUUCGUUUGAUAGAGCCCGAACUUUUCAAUGGCUACAACCCGGACAAGAAGCAAUUGCUUCAAGAAGUCGUCAUUCAAGAGGACUUGGAGCCAUUUGAGACCUCCAAGGAAACAGCAGAGGAGUUUAAACGUGAGCACGGUGACAAGGCUGAGAUCUUCGAGAUCCCAGACUCUGGAGAGUAUCUCGUUCGCAUGCGAAAGGGUGCCACGCUUCUUAUUCCAAAGGCCCUUCGCUUCGACCGACUUGUCGCAGGUCAAAUCCCUACUGGAUGGGAUGCUAAGAAAUACGGUAUUCCUGACGACAUUAUCUCACAAGUUGACCCUGUGACCUUGUUCGUCCUUGUCUGUACUGUUGAGUCUCUCUUGGCAUCUGGUAUCACUGAUCCAUACGAGUUCUACCAGUAUGUACACAUCUCCGAAGUAGGUAACUGCAUUGGAUCAGGUAUUGGUGGUACCUCGGCCCUGAGAGGAAUGUACAAAGACCGUUUCUUGGACAAACCACUCCAAAAGGACAUCCUCCAGGAGUCUUUCAUCAACACUAUGAGUGCUUGGGUAAACAUGUUGUUGAUGUCCUCCACUGGUCCAAUCAAGACUCCUGUUGGAGCUUGUGCUACAGCAGUCGAAUCCAUCGACAUUGGUUAUGAGACCAUCGUGGAAGGAAAAGCUCGUGUUUGCUUUGUUGGUGGUUUCGAUGACUUCCAAGAAGAAGGUUCAUACGAGUUUGCCAACAUGAAGGCCACUAGCAAUGCUGUUGAUGAAAUCGCUCAUGGCCGUACACCUAGGGAAAUGUCUCGUCCUACCACUACCACGAGAAAUGGUUUCAUGGAGUCACAAGGUUGUGGUAUGCAAGUCAUCAUGACUGCCAGACUUGCUCUUGACAUGGGCGUGCCCAUCUAUGGUAUCGUUGGAUUGACUACCACUGCCACUGAUAAAAUUGGAAGAUCUGUUCCUGCCCCGGGUCAAGGUGUUCUCACAACCGCUCGUGAAAAUCCUGGCAAAUUCCCAUCGCCUCUUUUGGAUAUCAAGUACCGCCGCAGACAAGUUGAGCUUCGCAAGAAAAAUAUCAAGGCAUGGCAAGAAUCGGAACUUGAAUAUCUUCAUGAGGAGAUUUCUGCCAUGAAAGCUCAAGGAGGAGAGUUCAACGAAACCGAAUAUGCUCAAGAACGAGCACAACACAUCGAGCGCGAGGCUUUACGUCAAGAACGUGAGGUUUUGAACAGUCUUGGUAACACCUUCUGGAAGAAAGAUCCUACCAUUGCUCCUCUCCGUGGUGCCCUUGCUACUUGGGGCCUGACCAUUGACGACCUGGAUGUGGCAUCUUUCCACGGUACCUCGACUGUUGCGAAUGACAAGAACGAAUGUUCGGUCGUUUGCCAACAAAUGGAGCAUCUUGGCCGUAAGAAGGGUAACGCUGUCAUGGGUAUCUUCCAGAAGUACUUGACAGGUCAUCCAAAGGGUGCUGCUGGAGCUUGGAUGUUCAACGGUUCUUUGCAGGUCCUCAACAGUGGUCUGGUUCCUGGUAACAGAAAUGCCGACAAUAUUGACCAAGUCAUGGAGAAGUUUGACUACAUCGUUUACCCCAAUCGCAGCAUUCAAACGGAUGGUAUCAAGGCUUUCUCGGUUACUUCUUUCGGUUUCGGUCAAAAGGGUACCCAAGCUAUUGGUAUUCAUCCCAAAUAUCUGUUCGCCACUCUUGAUGAGAAAACAUACUCGGAAUACUGCACUAAGGUUGAGGCCAGACAGAAAAAGGCUUACCGAUACUUCCACAACGGAAUGAUCACGAACACCUUGUUUGUUGCCAAAGACAACUCACCUUACUCUGAUGAACAACAAGGAGCUGUCUUCCUUAACCCAGAGGCUCGUGUAUCAGUUGACAAGAAGACUUCUGCUCUCACUUAUGCUCCAGACUUCGCCAAGAAGGCUGUCAACAAGGAGAGAAUAGAGAGAACAAAGCAAAUGGUUGAGUCACUUGCAAAGGGUGCUUCGGCGCCCAACAACAAAGUUGGUGUUGAUGUAGAGGAUAUCGCUGCUAUCAACAUUGAUAACGGCACAUUCUUAGAGAGAAACUUCACCGAGAAAGAGGUUGCUUACUGCAAGCGAGCACCCCACCCACAGGCAUCCUUUGCUGGAAAGUGGAGUGCAAAGGAGGCAGUAUUCAAAUCUCUUGGUGUUGCAAGCAAGGGCGCCGGAGCACCCUUGAAGGAGAUUGAGAUCACCAACAACGAAAAGGGUGCACCAAUUGUCUCGCUUCACGGUGAUGCCGCAACAGCAGCAAAGAAAGCUGGUGUGAAGGAGAUUAGCAUUUCAAUCUCGCACUCGGAUAGUCAAGCCAUCGCAGUUGCCAUUGCAACCUUUUAA